AUGAAGUACAUCUCUUCACCUCUCUCCCCAGGUGAGAUCGCGGUGCGUGUGUUCCGCGCCUGCACGGAGCUGGGCAUCCGCACCGUGGCCGUUUACUCCGAGCAGGACCGCAGCCAGGUGCACCGGCAGAAGGCCGACGAGUCCUACCUGAUCGGCAAGGGCCUGCCCCCCGUCGCUGCCUACCUCCACAUCCCGGACAUCAUCAAAGUAGCCAAGGAGAAUAACAUUGAUGCCAUCCAUCCGGGCUAUGGCUUCCUGUCGGAGCGAGCUGACUUUGCCCAGGCGUGUGCAGAUGCCGGGGUUCGUUUCAUCGGGCCCUCCCCAGAGGUGGUGCGCCAGAUGGGGGACAAGGUGGAGGCUCGUGCCCUGGCCAUCCAAGCCGGUGUGCCCGUGGUUCCUGGUACCAAUGCGCCCAUCUCGUCACUGAAGGAGGCAGAGGAGUUUGCCAAGACCUACGGCUUCCCCAUCAUCUUUAAAGCAGCCCUCUGAGGA